UGCGAAUAAAAGUCUUAUCCUAGUGUUCGAAUGCAUAUUAAUGAAUGUUGCCUGUAUAAAAUCAGGAAUUUUCUCUAAAAGGCUACACUCAGUAUCGGGCUUUCUUCGGUAGAACGCAAUGAAGGGUGUGAUUCUGAUGUUGCUGUCUUCGGUUGGCUUAGCCAGUUUGUCUUCUGAAGACGAUUCGCCUCAGGUGUACUGCGGGAGAAGGUUGGCCUUGACGUUGGCGUAUAUAUGCGAAAACAAACCGCUCCCGAAGAGAACUGGGUUCCUGACGGAGUACGAAGGAUGGCCGUGGUUUGCUCCUCGGGACGCGAAGGCUUUCCAAUCUCCAAAGAGGAAGAGGGGCGUUAUAUCCGAAUGCUGCGACCAACCCUGUUCUGUCAAUGAGUUGGCGACCUACUGCUGAAUACCCUGAAUCUGAUGCAAGUAAAAGUAUGUUGUGUAAAUUUUUGCUUAUCACCACGUGGAGUGAAUAUUAUGCUUUUGGCUUUUCAUUGAUAUUGAUAUAAAAGCUUUUACGUACAUUGAAAAUAAAUUACCUUUUAAAAAGGAAAUAAAUAUUUGUUAAG